AUGUCAUCUGUGGAUCUGGAAAAAUCGGAUGUGGUGAUUCUAGGCGAUUUUAACGCAGACAUGAUGGCGAGUUCUAGAUUGGCAAGAAGAGAUAAACAAGAACUUCUUAACUUUUCGCGGGCCUACAACUUCACUCAGUUAAUAAAAGAACCGACGCGCAUAACUGACACCUCGCGGACAAUGAUCGACUUGCUCUUUGCUAAUAAUGAACACCGCAUUGUCAAAUCAGGUGUUGUUCCGGUACCGCUCAGCGACCAUUUUCUGGUAUUUUGCAUAAUUAAAGCUGGUAUUACAGCAAAGGCUAAACCGAGAAUACUCGAGAAUCGCUCCUAUAAAAAUUUCAAUCCGACUUUAUUUAAUGAUGAUCUUAGGGAUAUUCCCUGGCAUAUUGUUGAAAACGAGGACAACGUCGACGAUGCCUUGUUUGUGUGGAACAAAAUGUUUUCGGAGGUUGCUGAUCAACACGCACCAGUGAAACGAAGGCGUGUCAAGGGAACGCCUCUUCCAUGGAUGAACAGUCAAAUAAGUGAUACUAUGAAAGAACGUGACUGGGUGCAUAGAAAGGCGCGAAAAUCGAACUCGGCGCGUCUUUGGUCAAUGUAUGCAAAGCUUAGGAACAAGGUUAAUGGCUUAGUACGUACUGCCAAGUCUAAAUAUUACAGUGACAUGAUCGAGGAAGCAAAUGGUAACUCAGAAAAGGUGUGGAAAGCAGUGAACGAAGCAUGCAAUCGGAACUCAUCUUCAGAGAGUAUUCAGUUGCCACAGGGUAGUAUUUUAGGGCCUUUGUUAUUUGUGAUUUACAUAAAUAACUUGCCAAAUGUGCUUAACUCCUGCUACGCGUCACUUUAUGCAGACGAUACUGUGAUUUAUUGCUAUGGUACAUCCUCAAAGGAGUUGAGUGAUAAGUUAAAUAACGAUCUACUAGGUGUGGCGAAAUGGCUUCAUGAUCACAAACUGACUUUAAAUUUGGACAAAACUAAAUGCAUGCUUAUCGGUAGUAAUAGGAAACGCGAAAGCAAAGUAGAUUUGUCUGUUUCAAUUUUAGAUCAUAGUGUAAGUAAUGUUCGCAGCUUUAAAUACCUCGGUAUACAUAUAUCUUCGGAUUUCACAUGGACUGAUCAUAUUGAACACCUAACUGGGAAAAUCAAUCAGAGGCUUGGGCUUCUCAAGCGUAUAAAGCAUUUAUUGCCUUUCAGGGCGCGUUUACUUUUCUAUAAAGGUCUUGUUAUGCCCCUUUUUGAAUAUGCUGAUCUAGUAUGGGGCGAUAAACAUAAUAUUACCCUUAUGUCUAGUUUGCAAGUUUUGCAAAAUAAGGCCGCUAAAGUUAUUUUAAAUAGACCAUUCUACUCAUCCUCCACUGAGGCGUUAGCCGUUCUCAAGUGGCUGCCUCUAGAGAAAAGGCGAUUUCAAAGAAGAUGUGUACACGUAUACAAAUGCAUCAAUGGCCUAACUAAUCACAAUAUGGACUUGAUUAGACAAGACGUACUUCAUAGGCAUAAUACACGUAACAAAGGCAAUUUUAGAUUACCGCGUGUCAAAAGAAAUUGGGGGAAGCAAAGAUCACAAUAUCAUGCCGUUUCCGAUUUUAACUCCCUCAGUCAGACUAUCAAAGACUCAAAGAAUGUCAAUAGUUUUAGACGUAAUGUUUUUAAGUUUUUAAUAUAGCUACUUACGUUUAA